UUGACAUUUAGCGCCAAAGCUUGAGCGCAGAAAGAAGAAGAAGUGGAGACGGCAUGAACUAUGGAGGUGGCUCGGAAAAUAAAGGCCAAAGUGUCCGCUGGCUUCAAGAUGAGAGGACUUAUACUGCGACCUGAAGCCAGCAGGUACCUGGUAGAAGUGCUGGAGUCCGUCAGUCACACUGAACUCGAUGAUGUUAUUGAACGGGUCCUGGAUGCGGUGGAAAAGCAGCCAUUGUCCUGUAGUAUGAUCGAGCUGUCCGUGGUGGAAGUUGCCGUACAGGACUGCACUCAGUCUUGUGAUGAAACCAUAGAUAAUGUUUUCAACAUCAUUGGAGCCUUUGAUGUGCCCAGAUACAUUUACAAUGUGGAGAAGAAGAAAUUUGUACCCAUCAGUAUGACCAGCCAUCCAGCCCCCAGUCUGUGUGGUGUGGCCAAAGAUAAAGCUGAGCUCUUUAGGGAACGCUACACAAUCUUACAACAGCGUACACAUCGACAUGAGCUCUUCACCCCUCCGGCGAUAGGGGCCGCUGUUGAAGAGGGUCAGAACAAAUUUCAGUUGAAGACAAUUGAAGCUUUGCUCGGUAGCACAGCUAAACUAGGAGAGGUGAUUGUACUUGGGAUGAUCACACAACUGAAAGAGGGUAAAUUUUACCUGGAGGACCCAAGUGGAACAAUACAACUGGACAUGUCUAAAGCACAGUUUCACAACGGGCUGUACACAGAAUCCUGCUUUGUGCUGGCAGAAGGUUGGUAUGAGGAUUCUGUGUUCCACGUCAAUGGUUUUGGGUUCCCACCAACAGAGCCUUCGUCAGCUACAAGGGCAUACUACGGCAACUUGAACUUCUUCGGGGGUCCAUCCACCACUUCAGUGAAAGCUUCUUCAAAGCUGAAGCAGCUGGAAGAGGAGAAUGAAGACGCCAUGUUUGUAAUAAUCUCUGACGUCUGGCUGGACAGUGUCGAAGUGAUGGAAAAGCUCAACAUCAUGUUCUCAGGGUAUGCUGCCAUGCCUCCCACCUGUUUCAUUUUCUGUGGAAACUUCUCUUCUGCCCCAUAUGGGAAAACACAGAUUAAAUCACUCAAAGAAUCACUGAAGGCUCUUGCUGAUGCGAUAUGUUCGUACCCCAGCAUCCACAGCAGUAGUCGCUUCGUGUUUGUUCCUGGACCUGAAGACCCUGGUCCAGGCAGCAUCCUGCCAAGGCCUCCCUUGGCCGACCACAUUACGGAGGAGUUCAGACAGAGGGUGCCAUUUUCGGUGUUCACAACAAACCCAUGCAGGAUCCAGUACUGCACCCAGGAGAUCGUUGUCUUCAGGGAGGACCUGGUCAACAAGAUGUGCAGGAACUGCGUCCGAUUGCCAAAUAACAAUCUUGACAUUCCAAACCAUUUUGUGAAGACCAUCCUAUCACAGGGUCACUUGACUCCGCUGCCUCUGUACGUCAGUCCUGUUUUCUGGGCAUAUGACUACUCCCUACGUGUGUACCCAGUACCCGAUGUCAUCGUCUUUGCAGACAAAUACGACCCCUUUAACAUCUCAAACACUGACUGCCUUACAGUCAAUCCGGGAUCAUUCCCAAGAAGUGGCUUCACUUUCAAGGUGUAUUAUCCAUCCAACCGAACUAUUGAGGACAGCAAACUUCAAGGCCUGUAAAGAAAAACUUGGAUUUUCAAGAUAUUUUUUCAUUUGCUUUGUACAUUGCCUUUGUAUAAUACUGGAUGUUGAAAACUGAGUAGUACUCACACCGUUGUAUGUAUCGGUGUUUGUGUUUUGUAAUGAAUAAUAAAGGUUUUAUACUUUGUA